CUCGAGCAGAGUGACCGGGCCUCGAAAAUCGAGCAGUCGUCUUUUUUUCUUUUUUCGCUUCCUCUUCUUCUUCUGCACAACAGACCUACUUUUCCCUGUCCAAACUAGCUUGCAUCUUUACGAACAGCAGGAACUAAAGAGAACCAACAACUUACAUGAAUUCUACCCAAUCUCCGGCUCAAACCAAUACUAAACCUGCUUUGCAUGGUGUCAAGAUAAAGCAAAGAAAAGGUGUUCAAAAAGCACAAGCCAAGCACGAACCUGAAGUGUUCAGGGAUCAAUUAUUGCAACAAUUGAAUACUGUCGAUAAAGACAACUUUGACGAAAUCACGGCCAGACUCGACGCAGCUGGAAACACUCUAGAGUACCGUAAAUACGCCGAUUCGCUUUUCGAAAUUCUUAUUACAGGCGGCAUUGUCGAACCCGGAGGAAUCGUUAGUGACAAUGCUGAGCGCAGUUCGUUCAGCAUCUUUUCUGCACCCGAAGAUGCCGAAUCCAUCAAGCAACAUGUCAAUGUCUUUAACAAGGUCAUUCGACGCUACAAAUAUUUGCAGCGGUCGCUCGAAGAUACCCUCAAGCACGUGUUGCAAUUCAUCAACAAGUGGCAAUUUGCCGAGAACAACAAGCUUGCCAUGGCAACCGGCUAUAUCAUUACAAGUCAGCUUACGAACGUCUCCAUCUUGAAGGUCUUACUGAAGGAUUACCUGGUCAAGGAUGGCGCUUCGCUAGAGUUUGCAACCAGUGUGUUCCGAACCAUUCUUAGCGAACAGUCUAUCGACCAGUUUGGCAAGAUGCUCAUUAACACCGGUAUGGAUGCCAAGCUGAUUGAGUUGUUCCCUCCAAACAAGCGUGAGGAGGACUGUCUUGCUCGCCAUUUCGAGGCCGAAGACAUGAAACAACUCGUUGGUUUCCAUCAAAAGAAUCUCAAGGAUUCGAUCAAGGAUGAGUUUAUGGUGAAGCUCAAGGACAUGAUGUCCGAGGAGGCCAAGCCGAACGAGGUGGCCACGUAUGUUAAACAAAUCAUGAAGGAGAACGGUUUGAACGAACCUGAGGCGAUUCAAAUUGUUUGGAUGUCUGUUCUCGGCACUAUUGACCUGAUCAAUGCCAGACCUGAUCAGGUGGAGAUUCAAGCAUUGCGCGCAAUCAAGGGCUGGGCUCCCGUGCUGGAAGCUUUCACAUCAUCGCCCAAGACCGAGCUAGUGCUUCUCCAAAAGGUGCAAAUUUCGUGUUACGAAGAUGCAAAGCUGACCAAGUUUUUCCGUCAAAUCGUGCAAGUUCUGUACAAGCAUGACGUGUUGUCAGACAAUGCCAUUAUCUUCUGGGCUGACAAGGCUCACAAACCCCAGGGCAAGACUGUGUUCUUGAAGCAAAUGGAAGCCUUUGUCAAGUGGCUGCGUGAGAAUGAGGAUAGCAGCGAAGAGGAAGACGAUGAGUAAAAAAAAAAGAAUAAAGAUGCUUGUGAACCGUGAUAAUUUUGAGAGUAAAAUGCCCUUGCUGUAUAUUUCCUUUUGUCAAGAAAAGAAAGAGAGAGAGAGAGAGAG